AUGCCUUGCUUACGCGGGAUAGAUGUCGCUAUCGUGGCCAUGCCCGAGUCUGGCGAUGUCCAACUACCAGAGUUCCCGCACCCCGACGGCUCUUCUGUCCGACUGAGCAGCCCAGUUCGCAUGAGUGCCAGGAACACUGGUGUCACAGCUUCGGCGUCGAAUGCUUCGCUUAUUCCCAGUCAGGCAGCUGAUCACAUCGCCAAGACCAAUCCAGCGAUAUCAGUCUACGUCCCUUCCCUCCCAGACACGAGGUUCUUCUUCAAGUAUACAAUCAACAAGGCCCCGUCGGAGAAGUACUUGUUCUUCAAGGUCCUCGUCAAUGGGCGAAGGGUCGUAUCAUGGGGAAUUGACCUUCGGUCUGUCACAUCAAAUGCUACCUAUCGAGCUCUUUACCAGCCCAGCGAGUACUAUGACUACAGAGAUGACGAAGUCUAUCUCAAAGCGAAUGGCAUUGAGACCAGACACUUCAAAUUUCUCCCGGAGACCAAGUACAAGUCGAUUGCCGAGGACGGCGGGCUCAUUGAAAUCCAAACUUUCCGGGCCAAAGGGCGAAAUUGCCGCGCGCCGACACUGGAGUCCCAUCGCUCGCCAGAGAUCUAUGGCAUAGGUAUCAUCAGUGACGGGCUUCUUGAUAAACCAGAAGAGGCUGUCUUCUACGACUAUCUCCUUGUCGACCCUAGGGACUCCCCCUAUGCCACAUUUCGGUUCCAUUACCGAUCGUGGGCAAAUCUGCAGAACCUGCAGUUGAUACCCCGCGAGAAUUACCGGUUCUCAUUGCCCGCCCCUCACCUUUGUUCCGCCACGCCUGAAAAUGGAGCAAAUCACGACGCGAGAGUUGAUGACGGAAAGUCUAAGAGCGUCGACACUACCAUUGAGCUGUCGCCUCAGCAUGCCCCGAUGCACCCAAACUGGCGAAAUACAUCCGCCUUGCUACAAGAUGCCCCAGAGCUCGCACCCAAGAAAAUAUCGAGCAUUCAGCUACCGCAGCCUAGUAAAGUCGUGCGAGACGGAUUUCUCGAGUCAUAUCUUCAGAGGCCACUGCCCGAGCUACCACCGGCGGAAUGUACGAAAGAGGACGACGGCAGCCGCAAAAGCCCCAAAAAGCAUUCGCGCGUUUCCUCGGCAGCAUCCAAAGUGUCUGUCACCCCUUCUCUGCAACGGUACAUUGAUGGCGAGUCAUUCUUGGGGGAGCAAUUUGAACUCGGGGUCGCUCAGCAGCUGGAGGUGGUGACCCAGCAUGAUCCACGUCUGCCUGCCUCUCAGAGCAGUCUCGUCCUGCAGGAAUUCUCUAAGCUCGAACGAAGUUCGACUGAUGUAUCAUUGUCUGACUAUUCUGCCUCGCCGCCAUCAAGCAGCGAGCACAAUCAUUUUGUGCGACAGAACGACUACGCCGUGACCACAGGAGACUUGCUCGAGAAGGGAAUGGCCGAAUAUUCACCUGCGAGACCUAGGAGCAAAGGCUCUCUUGAGGCAAGAUAUUCAUCGCAUUUGGUGGCGCGGGACGCAGAGGGUGGCGUCGGAUCGUCGCAUUUGGAGAGAAUGGAGGUAGCCUCGGGUGACUGGGCGAGGCAGCCGACACGGAUCAGCCGACAUCACAAUCGUGGGGAGCCUGGUAGAGUGCGCCAGCCGCGGCGGCUUCCGCAUAUCAGCACGCUCUUUGACGGCUCCUGGAAGUUCCGGGACGAGAAGCCAGAUACGAAGGCUCAAACGUCUACAGUGCCUCGGAGCCGUCUUGCAGAACAACUAGAGGGCGCCCGUGGUCUUUGCAGGGAGGGCGAGAACUGGAUCUGA